AAUUGUCCAGAUAUAUCGAGAAAACCUAAGCGAUUACAGUCAGUUUUUGGGUGUGGCAUCACGAUGUCGUUCUAUAGCCUCAGUUUUAUAUCUUUAUUGGCGUUCGCAGUUGCCCAUAAAGAUCCGCAUUAUGUCGGCGAUAGAACUACCAUGGUUCAUUUGUUCGAAUGGAAAUUCAAAGACAUUGCCAAAGAAUGUGAAAAAUUUCUCGGUCCGAUGGGCUACGGUGGUGUUCAAGUUUCUCCCAUAAAUGAAAAUCUCGUGAUCGAUGGUAGACCAUGGUUCGAAAGAUAUCAGCCAAUGUCCUACAAAAUUAUCAGUCGAUCGGGAAACGAAGCCGAAUUUAAGGAUAUGGUGAAAAGAUGUAGGAAGGUCGGUGUGCGGAUAUAUGUCGACACGGUCAUCAAUCACAUGACAGGGCCUGCACAAAAUGCGUACGGCACCGGUGGCACGUCAGCAAAGCCAGAAAACCUUAGUUAUCCGGGAGUUCCGUACACUUCCAAAGACUUCAACCAUCCAGUAUGUACCAUCCAGAAUUAUAACAACGCCACCGAAGUUCGCAACUGCGAGCUAUCCGGUCUUCACGAUCUUGACCAGAGCAAAAAGCACGUCCGAGAUAAAAUAGUUAAAUUUUAUAACCACAUCAUUGACCUCGGAAUCGCUGGCAUACGCGUUGACGCCGCCAAACAUAUGUGGCCAGAGGAUCUUAAGGUUAUUUACAAAAGAAUGAAGAAAUUAUCUCCAAAGAAUGGGUUCCGGCGGAAUGCGAAGUGUUACAUUUAUCAGGAAGUCAUCGAUCUCGGUGGCGAAGCCGUCAGUAAAUUCGAGUACAAUGAUUUUGCAAACGUCAUUGAGUUUCAGUAUGGCAUCAUCUUGGGUAAUAUGUUCCGUCGUCAAGACAAUUUGUCGAGACUGGAAACUCUUGCUGACCACGAGGCUUGGAGAUUGAUACCUUCCGCCGACGCGUUAACCAUGAUUGACAAUCAUGAUAAUCAAAGAGGUCACGGUGCUGGUGGAACCGCCAUUUUGACGUACAAGGACCCGAAACCAUACAAGAUGGCAGUGGCCUUUAUGCUCGCCCAUCCCUAUGGUCAUACUCGAAUCAUGAGCUCCUACAACUUUACUGAUCCUAGUCAAGGACCACCAGCGGAUUCGAACGGCAACAUCAUUUCGCCUGAGAUCGUCAACAAUAUGUGCAGCAACGGUUGGGUCUGCGAGCACAGAUGGCCGCAGAUUUAUCGCAUGGUCCAAUUUCGCAAUCUGGUAAAAGACGAGAAGAUGCAGAAUUGGUGGAGCAAUAAGAAGAAUCAGAUCGCCUUCUCCCGCGGCGACAAAGGUUUCGCCGUCUUCAACGUCGAGGGUGAUCUACGUGAGAAGUUGCAAACUGGAUUGCCCAAAGGAAUAUAUUGCGACGUCAUAACCGGAGCAGUCGUCGACGGCUACUGUAGUGGAAAAGCGAUACAAGUUGACGACGAUGGUACCGCUAUGAUCAACAUUCUAGCAGACGAGCCGGAAGGUGUGCUCGCCCUUCAUAUUAAGGCAAAACUAUGAAGCGUUUAUGAACAAAGCUUAAAAAUACAUUUUAAAACACUAUACUAUGACUAGUUUGCACUUAUGUGAUCACAGUUAUGUAAACACUGUAAUUAAAUAAAAAUGCAGAUAAAAUAUUGCAUUCUUUGUAUUUGAGUAA